AUGGCGCAUCUUGCAAUCUCAAAGGAAGAAGUUCAAAUGGCGUCGCACAGGGAUGCGAUUCGCCAAGCCAAAGCCAUCAUCGACGAGAUUUGCAACAUCUCUGGGACUCCAGGCCUCGCGACCAGCAUCUUCAACCUGGAGGGAUCAUCCGCAGUGAGCUUCUAUGGAUUUCGAGAUGUGAGCCAAGGCCUCCGUCCGGACCUAGACACAGUCUUCAACAUCGGCUCACUGUGCAAGGGCUUCACCGCUGUAGCUGUUGCCUGCCUCGUUGCAGAUGGAAAGGUAUCCUGGGACGACCGCAUUGACACUCACCUCCACCAUUUACGCAGAAGAUAUAAUGGCACAUUCACACUGCGAGACUUGCUUAGCCAUCGGAGUGGUCUUUGCAGGUCGGAUGCGUUGUUCAUUGGAUCUGACAACCGGCUCCUUGUCACCAAAUCUCAGGGGUUGGAGAUCUUCGCAUCCCUUGAUCCAAGCAGCCCUCCCCGCCAAGACUUCCUCUACAACAACUUCGGAUACCACGCUCUCGGCUCCGUUAUUGAGCAUGUGUCAGGCAUGGGUUUUGGAGACUUCCUUAAGAAACGCAUCUUUGAACCGUUGAACAUGAGCAGGACGUUCACUAGCCUUCCGCCCUAUGACGAUGAAAAUACUUCGUUAGCCUAUAUGCCUUAUUCUAAUGGCCAGCUUCGGACAGUUCCAACACCCCAAAUAUCCAGUGACACGGUAGCCUUUGCAGCUGGCUCCAUUCGAAGUUGCGUCCGCGACCUCGUGCGCUAUUGUCGUUUUCUACUGAGAGGCUUAAAGCCGGGCGCUCAGGAGCUUGGUCUUUCCUCUGAUCAUGUUGCCAAUAUUUUUGAGGCAGUCAUCCCUCUGCAUGGCCCUCCCCGAACUCUCCGGGAAAGAUCCUAUGCUAUGGGGUGGGCACGUACUCAGCUACCCAACAACAUCAACCUCGUUAGCGGAAAUGCUGGCUUGUUGGAUACAUGGCCUGUUAUUGGCACAACCAACAAUGGGAUACUUGUUCUGCAUCACAACGGAAAUAAUAUAGGAUGCUCUUCCACCAUCUAUCUCCUUCCAGAGAUGGAUACUGGUGUGAUUGCCCUAUCAAAUGCCCUCGGACAUUGUGACGCCGCUGACUGGGCUGCACAAAUUCUGCUCGAAGCCCUUCUUGGAGGGACGAUUCAGACUCCAUUCACAGAAUAUGCUACGACGGCAGCCUCCAAUGGGCGGUCAGCCAUGGAUCGAGUACAGAAAGCCCUAGAUGAGCAGAGAAAACUAAGUCCACCACCUUCAAACCUUGAGCAAUAUACUGGCGUUUUCUGGCACAAAACCAAGACGUUUUGUCUUGAGAUAACACUUCAUACAUCUCAACAUAAAGAACGCCUUAGUGUCAAGUUUCAAGGGCUAGAUGAAGAAAAGUAUACUCUCCAUCAUUACCACUAUGACACGUUUGUCUUUAACGAGACAUUUGACCAGACUAUGAGUCGCGGUCAGUGGUGCAGACCGUUUGGUUUCUACAAAAUUGACUUCCUUGUGGAAGGCAAGACAGUUAGCUCGUUGCGAUGGAGGUUCGAUGAUACGGAGGUGGAGGCGCAGGUCUUCAAGCGGUUGUAG